AUGACGAUCACGCGCACUCACCGAUCUCUGUCGGCCUUCGCUUCGGAGUCCGAAGUCGACCGCGAGCUCGAAAGCUCCUACCCUCGAUGCCAAGUUGCGACGCCAGGGGGACAACCGCCGAGCUGGGCGACCAUGACGUACGUUGAAACCUCCCGAGAUCUGCCUCCUCUCGAGUCGGGGAGCUUGGCGUUGGAAGACCAGUUCUGUGGGUGGCUCUGGAUGCGCGGUGCGCGCCUCGGACGUUGGCGUCACCGGUACUUCUGCCUCGACGGCACCAUGCUCUCGUACUUCACCAGUUUCCCGGCUGAGGUGUUCUUGAAGCAAGCUCAAGCUUCUGUGGCGUCGGCCUGGGCAUCGCGCAACCUCUUCCACUUCGGCGACGGCUGUCAACCUCGUGGAGUUAUCCGAGUGGCGCACAUCGACGACAAUGACCGGAGCAACCGCAUCGGCUUCAAGGUGUACGGCGCGUGUGGCAAGGUCAUCGACAUUCGAGCGCAUGACACUCAAGAGCGCAACCGUUGGCUGCGUGCGUUGAAGACCCCCGCGCGCCGCAAGUCUCGCUCAUGGUCCAUCGGCUCAAGUGAAGAGGUGACGGUGAGCAUGUCGUCGUUCGAUCCGGAUGGGCUCUGCCACUUCGAUCGACUGUCGAUCCCGAUCACCAAGAGCGGCUGGAUGGAGAAGAAGAGCUCGUUCAUCGGCAUCUGGCGGCGCUACUUCUUCGUCGUGCAGGGCUCCAUGCUCUCGUACUACAACAGCGACAAGCCGUACGAGGUGCCGCGUUGGCGAGGGUACGUCGAAGGCGUCAAGGCUCGUCGACGCAGUGGGUCGCUUCCGUUGCCGUCCGCUGGAACCACCAUGGCCCCACCACCACUGGAACUUUGCAUCACGUUGGACUCGCCACAGAAUCAAGUGCUUCGUGUGAGACUCAGUAGUGCCGAAGAAGCGCGUGAGUGGCGUCGCGUGUUGCGCGCCAAUCUCCCACAACGCACCAACGGCACCUUCACGGCCUAG